AGGAAUAAAAUAAAUAAAAAAGAUAAUUCGCUUCGGAUUUUACCUCUGGGAACGACGCUCCGUAUUAGAUUCUCCCACUAUCCGAGAACGAAAAGCGCACAGUCACCGCCCCCGCGCGCGCGUGUGCGUCACUCUCCGUCGUUCCAGAGCUCGGCCACAUGUUCAUUUGAGCUUUUCCGAGCCUCCAUUCCCGUCGCCGGCGACUUUGGGGACGAUGACCUCCAUAACUUCCGUCGAACUGAAUUACCUCGUAUUUCGUUACCUUCAAGAAUCAGGUUUUGCGCAUUCGGCUUUUGCGUUAGGAUACGAGGCUGGUAUCAACAAAAGCCCCAUUGAUGGCAAUUUGGUUCCGCCCGGUGCCCUUGUCACAUUUGUACAAAAAGGGCUUCAAUACUUGGAGAUGGAAGCCAACUUGAAUUUCCAGAGUGACACAGAUUUGGAGGAAGAUUUCUCGUUCAUACAACCCGUAGAUCUCAUUACAAAGGAUGUAUAUCAGCUUCGGCAAAUGAUAAAAGAAAAACGGAGAAUUUUGCAGAAGGACAAGGAUAAAGAUAAAGAGAUUGACAAGGAACAUGAAGGAGAGCGGGGACGAGUUAGAGAGAAGGAAAGACAUGAAAGGGAGAAAGAACGAGAAAAGGACAGAGAAAGAACCGAAAAGGAUAAGCAACAAGAAAAGCAGCAUGAGGAACAUAAUGAAAGGGAUAUGGUUACUGAUCAAGAAGAUAGGAUCAAUGCUACGCAUGAAGGAAAUGGAGUAUCUGGAGUUAAACAUGAAGGCCCAGAACCAAUGGACAUCUCUACGAAUUCAUCAUCUCAAGCAUAUCAAAUCCCUAGUUCUGAUACUUUAGUUCUGGAAGGACAUACUUCUGAGGUAUGUGCUUGUGCAUGGAGUCCAACAGGUUCUCUUCUUGCCUCAGGGUCUGGAGAUUCAACUGCUCGAAUUUGGACCAUAUCUGAUGGAAGCAGUGGAUCUGGCAUGCGAAACAGUCUUGUAAAUGUUUUGGUGCUGAAGCAUGUCAAAGGUAGAACAAAUGAGAAGAGUAAAGAUGUCACGACACUUGAUUGGAAUGGGGAAGGAACACUGCUUGCAACCGGUUCGUAUGAUGGGCAAGCUAGAAUUUGGAAUACAAAUGGUGAACUGAGGAGUACUUUGAGCAAACAUAAAGGACCCAUAUUUUCUCUCAAGUGGAAUAAGAAGGGGGAUUAUCUUCUCACUGGAAGCUGUGAUAAAACUGCAAUUGUGUGGGAUGUGAAAUCAGAGGAAUGCAAACAGCAAUUUGAAUUCCAUAAAGGUCCAACCCUUGAUGUUGACUGGCGUAACAAUGUCUCAUUUGCAACGAGCUCCACGGACAGCAUGAUACAUGUAUUCAAGAUUGGAGAAUCUCACCCAAGCAGAACUUUUUCUGGACAUCAGGGUGAAGUUAACUGUGUCAAAUGGGAUCCAACUGGCUCAUUGUUGGCAUCGUGUUCGGACGAUAUUAGUGCAAAGAUAUGGAGUCUGAAGCAUGACAAACAUGUUCAUGAUUUCCGAGAGCAUUCUAAGGAGAUAUAUACUAUCAGAUGGAGUCCAACCGGGCCUGGCACAAACAAUCCUAACCAGCAGUUGGUGUUGGCAAGUGCAUCAUUCGACUCAACUGUGAAGCUAUGGGAUGUAGAUUCUGGGAAUCUUCUCUGCACUUUGAAUGGACACAGGGAACCUGUAUAUUCGGUUGCCUUUAGCCCAAACGGUGAAUAUUUGGCAAGUGGAUCUCUUGAUAGAUCCAUGCAUGUAUGGUCGUUGAAAGAAAGCAAGAUUGUGAAAACAUACACUGGUAAUGGAGGCAUAUUUGAAGUCUGUUGGAACAAGGAAGGUGACAAAAUUGCUGCCUGCUUCGCCAACAACACAGUUUGUGUUUUGGAUUUUAGGAUGUAAUUUCGAAAAGGUUCCCUUCGAUUUCAUGUUAGGAAUUAGUUCGUCUUCCAAAUUCCGAAGUAGAGUUUUCUCUCUUUUUGCCCCCUCUGGGAGGAUAGGAAGAAAUUUGUUUCAGGUUGGUAGCUUUGCUUUUAACCAUUAGGUGGUGCAGUUUCUCACUGACUUUUGCUAUUAUUUUUUGAGUUGCAGUUUUCACUUAAUUGUCAAAAAAAGAAAAAGAAAAAAAAAAACUAAUUUCUCUAGGUGCGCAUUGAUAACAGCGAUGUACAUAAUUGUUGGGACUGGAUCCGUAUUUAUGAAUUGCAAUUCUCGGAUGAUGCACACAUUAUUUACUGGUUCUGUACUUGGCUUAUUAUAAAACCCACUUCACGUGCCACUGUUGUAUUCAUGCAUUAGAGGAUCUCCAACGCCAAAAUGGAUUAAAAAAAAUAUAUUCUACAAUGCAACACUCUGCCUA